AUGUUUUUUUCCACAGGCGAGGGUGAGGGUCAGCUGCAGCCGCAGGGGCCGCGAUGUGACCUGAGGGCCUGCCAGCAGUUUCAGCAGAUGUCGGAGCGCCACGGCCUCACCGUCAGCCACUGCCAGCACACGCGCCACGCCGACCCGCGGGCGCUCACGGCGGCCGAGGAACACCUCCACGCCAAGAUCCUGGACGAGAUGGUGGCCGCCAAGAUCCUGACCGAGGCCAAGCGAGCCAUGUGCCUGAGGAGACAGAAGAUGGCGCAGGUGGCCAAGGUUCCCUUCUCGGUGCACGUGGACCUGGAGGGUUCCCCCAAGCGCAUGUUCCUGUCCGUCCACGAGCCGCGGGCCAACGACUACAGCUGCCUGGGCCGCGUGAUGGUCAGCUACGACGUGGACAGCAACGUCUGGCUCUGCCCCUGCACCAAGGGGCCCAUGUCCUGUCUCCACAAGAGCAUCGCCAGGUGGCACGUCUUCCAGACGCACCGCGAUCUCUUCAAGCCCCCACCGCCCUCCUGCGCCCGCGACAACAAGCCGUCCGGAGGCGCCUGGGACAGCAUGGAGUUCUGCGCCAACGCCAACGGCGGCGGCGGCGGCAGCAAUAGCGCGUACGCCCUCAACAGUGACGUCAAGCGCAGCGUGGACUACAUCUACGAGCACAAGAGGAUCCCCGCGACCGCCGACCUCCCGGGGGAGCUGACCAGCACCGUGCUGGAGUUCCCCGGGCAACUGUUUCCCUCGGAGACCACGUGCGGCAUGUGCGGCUGCGCUCCGGCCUUGGAGGAGGCGGAGAACGUCACCUACCAGGGCAAGAUCGUCACCAUGAUGGGCGUGGCCGACUACGUGUCCACGUUCAUCCGGCGCUGUCCCAUGUGCCACAUGGUGUACCGGUACCAGGAGUGGAGAGACGGCCUCCACAACUUCAACAACCACCUGCUCCUCAGCAUCGAGCUCUGCCUCUACUUCAGACACAGCUUACAGAACAACAUCCCGAUCACCAAGGCGGUGAAGACGCUGGAGAGCCUCCGCAAGACGUCGUAUCCUGCGGUGGAGACGCUCCUGACGGCGUACUCGCACUUCGAGGCCAUGAUGAGCCCCGACGCUGACGCACACCCCGACUGCUGCGCAAGCCCCGCCCCCGUCACCGACCUACACAAGAAGGCCUUCCUAGUCCUGCACUGGAGCUAGCGGAGCACACGU